AUGUCGGAAUCCGCAGAAGCCGUGGCCGCCGACGUUAAGAGCAGGAGGAGCGUCACCAUUGAGAUCACAAAUAUGACCAACAAUUACUGCCUCAUCAACCCCAAGGUACACCUGGAGAAUGGCGAGGUCUACAACCCACCUCAACCCACGGUGCGUCCCCAAAAGACAGAGGUGUGCACCUUCACCAAAUCUAGCGGCCACGCGACUGGCAGCGUCGGCGUCAUGACCUACGACCUCUUCGAGAGGUCUCAGAAGGACUUCAUUGAGACGGUGGCCAUCAUGUUCUCCGUGCCGUGGGACUACAACUUUUACAAGAACUGGUACGCCGUGGGCAUCUACAAGAAGGGCGUCAAGUGCAACGAAGACCUGUUCAAUCAGAUGUACAACGAGAAAAAGCAAUGCGAGCACGGCUUCAGGCGCGAGGAGGCCACCGGCACGGGGAUCAACUACGUUGGUAACUACCUAGAUGUCAAAGCCACCAUGGGCCCGAUGGGCAAAGCCAUCAUGAAAGUGGAAUUGUGGGAUAAGCUCUUCGCAUACUAG